AUGGCAAAGCGCCCGCCCGCGCGUGGGGAGCUGCCUGUCCGAGGCGCAGCUCCAACAGAGGCACCCUCAUGCGCAGGCCAGGGGCCACCUCCGGGAAGCGCCCUCUCUCCAGGAGCUGUGCUGCCAAGUGCUUCUCCACUCAGAAUAGAAAACUAAAAAAUGCCACUAGAAAUAAAUUCCACUUCAAUGACAGAGUUUGUUCUCUUGGGAUUUUCUGAGAUUCCCAGUCUUCACAAAUUUCUUUUUGCGAUAUUUCUCUUUAUCUACGUGAUCAUCCUUUUAGGAAAUGGGAUCAUCAUUCUCAUAACUCAGGUUGAUCCAGUCCUCUGGACGCCUAUGUAUUUUUUCCUCAGCAAUUUUUCUUUCUUGGAAAUCUGUUACGUGUCUGUCACUCUUCCUAGAAUGCUAUUGGACAUCUGGACAUUAAAAGGAAAUAUCUCUUCGAUUGCCUGUGCUACACAGAUGUGCUUCUUCCUGAUUUUUGGAGGAACCGAGUGCCUCCUCCUGGCAGUUAUGGCCUAUGACCGCUACGUGGCCAUUUGUAACCCUCUGCACUACCCCGUAAUCAUGAACCACAAGGUCUGUAUCAAGCUGGUGACCACCUGUUGGAUCAUUGGAAUUCCAUUCCAGGUAGGACAGACGUUUCAGAUUUUCUCGCUGCCAUUUUGUAGAUCCAACCAAAUCAAUCACUUCUUCUGUGACAGCCCACCAAUACUCAAGCUGGUCUGUGGGCAAAGUUUUCGAAGUGAGAUAUUGGUCUUUUCCGUUGCCGUGCUGUUCAUUGCGAUCCCUUUUCUAUUAAUUCUUGGCUCCUACAUUAAAAUCAUCUCCACCAUCCUGAAGUUGUCAUCAGCAGGAGGACGAGUCAAAGCCUUCUCCACCUGCUCUUCGCAUCUCAUCGUUGUGGCUUUAUUCUUCGGGUCUGGAAUCAUUGCAUAUUUACGACCCAAAUCCACAGAGUUCUCCAACACGGAUAAACUUCUGUCUCUCUUCUACACUAUCAUCACCCCGAUGUUCAACCCUCUGGUCUACACUCUGAGGAAUAAAGAUGUCAUGAUGGCCUUGAGGAAACUGGUGACUAAUAUUUAA